AGCAGAGCAGCCCAGCCUUGGUGCUGGAGUGAGUGGAUGUGCACAGCUGAUCCAGCUGUGCUCUCCCUCAGCCCUGCUCUGUCCCUGUGCUGGCCGAGGCAGCACGAUGCUGCAGCCUGAACAGGGUCACUGGAUCGUUGGGUUACUGCAGUUCAGGCGUUUGGGAUCUAAAUAAAAGCAUAAUGCACCUCAGGCAGAGGUUAAUGGGCAGCAGCACUCCCAUGGCAGCGAGGUUUCUGCAGCUCCUCCAGCACAGUCCCCAGCUGGUUUGCUGUGCAGCAUUAGACAUUUCCUUCUUUCAUUCUGCUUUUGUAGCUCUUUGCAGGGUACUGAAAGCAGCAGUUGGGCUCAGGUCCCUGACUGUGAGCAUUCUGACAUUCUGAGAGUAGGAGAAUUCUGUGUCAGAGUUGGUAGGGAGAGAGGACUUUGGGAAGAGCUCUGCAAAGGGCAGGGCUCAGCUAUUGUUAGGGUUGUAAACUUUGAACAGAAAUAUAGGUUAGACCUGGAGAGCUGGACCUGGUGUGUGAGCAAUAUUGCAAGCUCAGAGCUUUAGCUCCUGUUUCCCUCUGGUGAAAUGCACUUUGUGUAAUGCUUUUCUACAACACCCCAGGGCAGGAGCUGCCAGCACGUGGAUGCAGAGACCUGCCUGCCAUCUGCCUGUCCCUGUCCCAGCCCUCCUGGGUCAGCCAGAGGGGGAGAGCUGAGGCUGUGCCCUUCCUGCAGGUCCUGCCUGUUUCCAAAGCCAUCCCACUCCCAGCACCAUCCAGAGCUGAAGCCUCCACUGAGGACCCUCAUCCUUGCAGCUGAUCUUCCAGAACUGCUCUUCCCACCUUCAGCCCCAUCAUAGAUUCUCCUCUUGCCAGAGCAUUGCUUCAGCUGGGGUUAACAGAGCUCAGCCCAGGGCAGAGCUCCUGAUGCUGGUGGCGAUGAGUGCCUGCAGCAGGAAGGCGCUGACCCUGCUCAGCAGCGUGUUCGCCGUCUGCGGCCUCGGCCUCCUGGGCAUCUCUGUCAGCACCGACUACUGGCUCUACCUGGAGGAGGGCAUCGUCCAGCCCCAAAACCAGACGGCCGAGAUCAAGCUCUCGCUGCACUCGGGGCUCUGGAGGGUUUGCUUUCUGGCAGGUGAGGAGCGUGGCCGGUGCUUCACCAUCGAAUACGUCAUGCCCAUGAACAUCCAGCUGACAUCUGAAUCCACAAUCAACGUCCUGAAGAUGAUCCGCUCUGCCACCCCCUUCCCCCUGGUCAGCCUCUUCUUCAUGUUCAUCGGCUUCAUCCUGAGCAACAUCGGCCACAUCCGGCCCCACAGGACCAUCCUCGCCUUCGUCUCGGGGAUAUUCUUCAUCCUGUCAGGUCUGUCACUGGUGGUGGGGCUGGUCCUCUACAUAUCCAGCAUUAAUGACGAGAUGCUCAACAGGACCAAGGACUCGGAGUCGUUCUUCAAUUACAAAUAUGGGUGGUCCUUUGCCUUCUCUGCCAUCUCCUUCCUUCUCACAGAGAGUGCCGGGGUGAUGUCUGUGUACCUGUUCAUGAAGCGCUACACGGCCGAGGACCUCUACAGACCCCACCCGGGCUUCUACCGGCCCCGGCUGAGCAACUGCUCCGACUACUCGGGGCAGUUCCUGCACCCCGACGCGUGGGCGCGGGGCCGCAGCCCCUCGGACAUCUCCAGCGAGGCGUCCCUGCAGAUGAACAGUAACUACCCAGCCCUGCUCAAGUGUCCUGACUACGACCAGAUGUCCUCGUCCCCGUGCUGAGCCCCGCGCCCGCCCCGGCGCUCGCCGCGUCCCGACUCCGUUUGUCGUUUUUUUUCGGCCGCUCUUCCUGGCCAAUUCUCUAUUUAUAGGAGCGUAAAUAUAACCAGAGAGAUUGGUUAUAUAACCAAUAGUGUAACCUAGAGAAUUGGGAUGUUUCCCUUUCUUUGGUUUUUUUAUUUUUGGUUGUUUUAUUUCUCCCUGCAUAACUAAGAAUCUCGCCAAAGUCGUCCUCUCUCAGCUCAUCCCGCUGAGCAAACAGCAGUUCUGCCUGGGGGAUAAAUCUAGGGCUGGACUCAAGAACAGGAAAAAAGAAAAUAGAGUAGAACUAAGGAAAAAAAUGGUGUAUUUUUUUGGUGUAGGUAGGUAGGCUGAUAAAGCUUGUGCAUUCGACUGUAUCAUUGAAUUCUAUAUUUACUGGCCAGAGCGCCAGCAGGCAGAAAAGAUUUGUGUAACUUUCCAAGAAAUAACCAGCAUUAGAAAAAUAUAAAUUUUGCCUUGACUGAACACUUACUGAUUGGUAUCUCUCAGUGCUGGGUAUCAGUUCCAGCCAGGCUGGAAUAGGAAAUAGCCAUCCUUCAAUGAGACCUCAGCAGCUUUGGGCACCAGCAGGUUGUUGUUCCCCUAUGGCCACUUGCAAACUGUUGCUUAAAUAUCUCAUGUUAGACUGGAGGCACUCUGGGGUGCUGGGCUGGAGGGGUGGCUCCAGCACCCAAAUUUCCUCUGCUGCCCUACAGACAGGAGAUCUGAAACAUAAAUGGGAAAAUUUCAGCGCAGCAUUGAGUGGAAAACAACCUAAACUUUUCCCAUGGGAAACAUCAGGUGCGGGAUUUAGCAGAAAGAAGUUAUUUCAGUGAAAGGCAAGAUCCCAAACUGGUGUCAAGUGAUGUAGCUGAGAUUAUUGGUACAAGUCCACUGCAGCAAAGUAGUUGGCUUAUAUUACAUUUUGGCAAGAAAAUUAUAUUUUCGCUUUUAGUGUGUGUGUGUAUCUAAACUUUAUUUUGAGGUUUUAAGUUUGAAAAUUUUAUUUGAUGCUUUGGCAUUUUGGCCUUAGCCAGCUGCCAGGGGAGAGCAUCACUGGUGGAAAAUAAAGGGCAGGGAAGGAAAAGGCUGUGACCCCUUGUGUGAGCCCCAGCUUGUCACCUUGCAGGAGAAAGAGCUUUGUCCAAACUUUAUUUCUGUUCUUAUUAUUUUAAACCUUUCUGAAAAUUUCCUUUCUGCGAAACAAGACUGUCUGGGGAUUCUUGGUAUAUUUGAGUUUGUUUUGUCUUACUGUUAAUUAAAAGAAAUAGAAUAUAUGCAGUUUUAA